AUGGAUUGGUUCUCAUGGCUUUCAAAAACAAAUCUUGAUCCAUCUCUUGUAUAUGAGUAUGGCCUCACUUUUUCCCACAAUGAGCUAGAACAAGAAGACAUAGUUUACUUCAACCAUGAGUUUCUCCAAAGCAUGGGAAUCUCCAUAGCCAAACACAGGCUAGAAAUUCUCAAACAUGCAAGAAAAGAAAAGUCAAAGAGACAACCACCAAGACCAGUUGCAAAGAUCAUUGUAGCAAUCAAAAAGACAAAAAAGUGCUUAGAAGAUUACAUCAUGAGAAAAUUGGUUACAUGUGAGGAAUCAAAUUCAGCACUCGUUGUUGUUCCAACAUCAAGACCUAGUAAUAGUGCUUAUUAUGGAACAAGAUCAUCAUGGAAGAGUAGUUCUUUGAAGAGGAGUAAUAAGAAGAUGAAAGUGGAGAAACAAGAGAGGUUACUGCUUACAAAUGGAAGUCCUAGUCCUACAAUGAUGCCUGGUUUUGCUCUUGAUAGUUUUUCUAGUACUCCUAUGGUUUAUCAUUUUCAUGAAGGAAAGAUGAAAGGAGAAGAUGAUGAUAAUAAUGGUUAUUGGUCUUCUGCUGUUGAAGAUAUCAGGUGGGAUGCUAUGUUUCAAGAUCUAAAGCCAAAUUAA